AUGGAAGGUCUGGCUGCCGCCGCCAGCUGUAUCGGCGUUGUAUCUCUUGCCAUCCAGCUUGUAGAUACUGUUGAAAGGAUCCAUCAUUUUUUUCAAAAGGUGAUAGAGACUCCAAAGGAACUACAGAGACUGAAAGAUCUCCUCGAGCAGCUUGAGCUGAUACUCCAGAGUGUUUGGGUCGUAUUCAAGGAAGAACAUAGCAAGGGUCACGGGGUGACUGUGUUCUCCAAAAGUAUCUUCAAAGCAUUGGUGACUUGCCAAAAGGAUUUAAAGAUACUGGAAGGUUUUAUUCAAAAUGCCAAGUCGGUCGACAAAGGAAAAGGGAAGGUUUCAAGAGCCUUGGGCUCCUUGAAAUUUGCGACUAAAGAAGAAGAUAUCAAAGAGUUUGAGCUCCAUCUUCAGCAUGCUUUGACUACUUUGAAUCUCACCAUGACUGCAAAUAUGAGCCAUGUCCAAAAUCGAAACACCAAUAGGAUUAUCAGCACGCUGGAAAGUAUCGUCACCAAACAAAUUGCUCUUCUCCGAUGUGACAUAACGUCGACAACGAAAGACCUAGAAAUCUACCCUAGAGUGAACGAUAGAAUGGAGGCCACCAAAAGGUAUAAUCCGGGCUCGAGAAGCACCUCAUUACAGGUUUCGCGUCGUCAAUCAACGGCGACCAGCAGCUAUGAGACUCCCCUAGGCACGAUUUACGUUCGUCAAAGGAAUGCAGCUAUCUCAUUCAACCAAGAUUAUGAGUGUUCGACAAACAAUACAUUCACCCGAACCGAGAGGACCUGGAGCUUCUUUCCCACUUUCCUUUCAUACUGCAUUAGGCUGCAACAUCGCUCAUACGAAUCAAUCCUUCCGAGUUUGCAAACUCUCCCCCGGAUCAUGGAAAGUUCUCAUCCCAUCUAUUCUAUAUGCGGCCGUGGGGACUGUGUGGCGUUUCAGGCUUACUUGAGUAGUAACCCAGGAUUCUCCCCAUUCGCAGUUGAUCCGAGUGGGCACGGUUUACUGCAUCUUGCUGUCAUAUGCGAGCAAUAUGACCUCUGCAAAUUGCUCCUAGAUCUCGGCCUGAGAUCUACUUCUGCUAUCGAUUGUGAUGGGAAUGAAGCUUUGUGGGCUCUUCGUUUCCAGAACCCAAAGGUGUGGAGGUCACCAAAAUCAAUCCUUCGACUCUUUGUCUCUCGCGAUCCUGACUCGGUUGAAAGGAGUGGCCUCCUUUUCUGGACAGAGUACAGAGUUGAUGAGUUUGAGUAUAUUGUAGAAGAUUGGGUAACACGGGAUAAUGUCAACCUUUUCGAAGACUCCCCUCUUCUUUGUGCGUUGAGGUCGAUCAAAGCGGACGAGGAUUAUCUGAACUGGCAGUAUUAUCUGGAUCGGAAGUAUGGACCAGACCCACAGUAUUGUCUGGACAGGGGAUACCCUCUUGAUGGGGUGUAUCCCCUGAAUCGGCAGUAUCAUCUGGAAUGGGAAAAACUUUUGGAACAGUGGAAAAUGGCCAUUCGGAGACUCGUCAGAUUGGGUGCGGAUAUUCAUCAACAGGCAGAUACAAGUAGGCUUCGCCUACUGUAUGAGAUAUUGGCCACAGCGAGGACUCCAUUUGAUUCACAGGACUUGUUUGAAAUCUGGCUCGAUGUCCUUUCGUCAUCCGAUAUAGACGUUGCUCACUAUCUCAAGAUCGAAUUGGAUUUCCAUCACAAGGCGAGCCCUUUCAUAGAGGAUCUUGAAACUCGCCCGCGGCGCAUAAUAUUCGACAUCACUGGAAGGCCUCGUUUAUAUUGGGACUGGUGGAUAGACCCUCAAAGCCCGGCCUACGAAGUACUUGAGGAGUUCAAGUAUUUCGGACCAACCGCUCAUAACCCUUGUGAGAAUUCUUGGCUUGCGACGGGAGGGUACGAGGAGAAUGCACCGUUUGUCUACUAUCAAUUUUAUGAGAAGAUGGUAUCAAAGGAUGCGACCAUCUACUAUGUAGAAAAGCCCGAACAUAUUGUCGCCCAGCGGCGGUUUGAAAAGCGUAUGCAUAAGAAAGCAGUCAAGCUUGCUAAAGCUCAGGGAUUGUGUAUGAAAGUCCCACGACUACCGGGGGCUUGGAUCGAGUGA